GGCCACCGUCUCCCGCGCUUCCAACGUGCAUUACGUAGAAACCACGGGCCAUAAUCUUCGUCCUCCUCAGAAACACAGCAAUGGCGGCAUUGCGAUUAUCAUGGGCCUGCGCUCAUUCUAAUCCAGAUUCAAAGUCCAAAUUCGUUUCCAGCUUCACUUCAGAGUCCAGUUUUCGGACCAAUUGGACGAGGCUUCUGUUGCUUAGAACCUCGGUCUCAAGUUCUGCAAGAAGGAAAUCGUGCAUGAGGAACGUAGUCAGCGAUCAACAGAAGGAACUAAACGAGCCGGUUAACGGAGAAGUUGUAGGCGGCUUCAAUAGCUUGCUUCUGGAUUCGGCAUCCGUUGCCGCGAGUAUUAAAUACCAUUCGGAGUUCACGCCUUCUUUCUCUCCGGAGGGCUUUGAGCUUUCUAAGGCAUUCUAUGCAACUGCUGAAAGUGUUCGUGAUAUGCUUAUCAUCAAUUGGAAUGCUACGUAUGAAUACUAUGAAAAGAUGAAUGUGAAGCAAGCCUACUAUUUGUCUAUGGAGUUUCUACAGGGUAGAGCAUUGCUAAAUGCAAUCGGAAAUUUAGAGCUCUCUGGAGCUUAUGCAGAUGCUUUAAGAAUGUUGGGAUGUGAUCUCGAGGAUGUAGCAAGGCAGGAGUCGGAUGCUGCAUUAGGAAAUGGAGGAUUAGGGCGGCUUGCUUCCUGCUUUCUGGAUUCCCUGGCAACCCUAAACUAUCCUGCAUGGGGCUAUGGGCUCAGAUACAAGUAUGGUUUGUUCAAACAGCUCAUUACAAAGGAUGGGCAGGAGGAAGUUGCUGAAAAUUGGCUAGAGAUGGGUAAUCCCUGGGAAAUUGCAAGAAAUGACGUCUUCUAUCCUGUGAAAUUCUAUGGUGAAGUAAUUUCAGGCGCAGAUGGAAGUAAGCAAUGGGUUGGAGGAGAAGAUGUAACUGCUGUUGCCUAUGAUGUCCCAAUACCAGGUUAUAAAACUAAAAACACCAUAAACCUCCGUCUGUGGUCCACAAAAGUUGCUCCGGAACAAUUUAAUUUAAGUUAUUUCAAUGUUGGAGAUCAUGCCAGUGCAUAUGCAGCCAUAAAGAAAGCUGAGAAGAAAAUUCUUACACUCCCCUGCAAGAUCUGCUACAUAUUGUACCCCGGAGAUGAGUCACUGGAGGGAAAGACUCUUAGAUUGAAACAACAAUACACAUUGUGCUCUGCUUCCCUUCAAGAUAUUGUUGCACGUUUUGAAAGGAGAUCUGGAGAGCCUGUGGACUGGCAAAAUUUUCCAGAAAAGGUUGCCGUACAGAUGAAUGAUACGCACCCUACACUUUGCAUCCCGGAGCUGAUAAGAAUAUUGAUGGAUGUGAAAGGGUUGAGCUGGAAAGAAGCUUGGGACAUCACUCGAAGAACUGUUGCGUACACAAAUCAUACUGUUCUGCCCGAGGCGCUGGAAAAAUGGAGUUUCCCUCUCAUGCAAGAAUUGCUUCCUCGACAUGUUGAGAUAAUUGAAAUGAUUGAUGAGGAGCUUAUCCACUCCAUAGUUGCUCAGUACGGUACAAAAGACCUUGAGUUGUUGAAACAAAAACUGAAGCAAAUGAGAAUUCUAGAAAAUUUUGAAUUACCAGACUCGGUCAUGGAAAUGCUAGUAAAGUCAACGGAGGAGUCUGCAAUCGAUCUCGUUGAGGAAGCUGAAAAUGUGGACGACGAAUUGUUACCUAGUGAAGAAGGAGAUGAAUCUGAAGACAAAAAUAUUGAAAAGAAAACAGAGGUUUCGUUUGGAGUUGAUCCAAAGCAUCCAAGAUUGAUUCGAAUGGCUAAUUUAUCUGUUGUUGGUGGAUAUGCUGUAAAUGGUGUUGCAGAAAUCCAUAGUGAAAUUGUUAGAACCGAAGUUUUCAGCGACUUCUAUGAGUUGUGGCCUGAGAAAUUUCAAAACAAAACAAAUGGGGUGACACCGAGAAGAUGGAUUCGUUUUUGCAAUCCGGACCUGAGUACAAUCAUCACAAAGUGGACUGGAACAGAGCAAUGGGUGACAGAUACUGAGAAACUGGCAAUACUUAGAAAGUUUGCUGAUAACGAGGAUCUCCAGUCCAUGUGGAAGGAAGCUAAAAGAAUAAACAAAUUGAAAGUUGUCUCUUUCCUUAAAGAAAAAACUGGCUACUUAGUCAGCCCUGAUGCUAUGUUUGACGUUCAGGUAAAACGCAUCCACGAAUACAAGCGGCAGUUGUUGAACAUCAUGGGGAUCGUCUAUCGUUAUAAACAAAUGAAAGAAAUGAAUAUCGAGGAAGGAAAAGCCAAGUUUGUUCCUCGAGUCUGUAUAUUUGGUGGGAAAGCAUUUGCUACGUAUGUCCAAGCAAAAAGAAUUGUAAAAUUCAUCACUGAUGUUGGAGCUACCGUCAAUAACGAUCCUGAUAUAGGAGACCUUUUGAAGGUAGUCUUUGUUCCAGAUUAUAACGUGAGUGUAGCAGAAGUGCUCAUUCCUGGCAGUGAUCUAUCCCAGCAUAUUAGCACGGCUGGAAUGGAGGCCAGUGGAACCAGCAACAUGAAGUUUGCGAUGAAUGGCUGCAUACUAAUUGGAACAUUAGAUGGAGCAAAUGUGGAGAUAAGAGAAGAGGUUGGAGAAGAUAACUUUUUCCUUUUUGGUGCAAGGGCGCAUGAAAUUGCUGGCCUAAGAAAAGAAAGAUCUCAAGGCAAGUUUGUUCCGGACCCGCGGUUUGAGGAAGUGAAGGCCUUUGUAAGAAGUGGGGUUUUUGGUCCCUAUAACUAUGAGGAGCUCAUAGGAUCUUUAGAGGGAAAUGAAGGUUACGGUCGGGCAGACUACUUCCUCGUUGGCAAGGACUUCCCCAGUUACAUAGAGUGCCAAGAGAGGGUUGAUGAGGCAUAUCGAGAUCAAAAGAGAUGGACCAAGAUGUCGAUCUUGAACACAGCUGGUUCAUACAAGUUCAGCAGUGACAGAACCAUUCAUGAGUAUGCAAGAGACAUAUGGAAGAUUUCUCCACUAGUGCUAUCUUAAAAGGUUCUGUUUCUUUCCUUUUUCCCGUAAAAUUUGUUCUCCAACUCAUUACUAUUGUAAUUGCCAAAUGAGAUGGGAAGAUAGAAACAGGAGGUGAAAGUGAAUCUCGUAGCCUAUUCAAAAUUAAAGCUACAACCAGAGAGAGGUAUUUGAUUA